AUGCUGACAUGUGGCCUCGUUUUACGACGACGCAAUGGGUUUUACAUUGCCAAUCACCCCUGGUUGAAGCUUUCAGGCUUUGUUAAAAUUGGAUUUAGCACAAGUCUCGAGACGCGGCUGCAAAUGGCAUCAUUUCAAACAUGUUUCACUCCAGAAUGGUACUACCAUGUUGUUUUUGAGUGUGAAGCAGCGAAGGAGGCGCUUUUGCUCGAGCAGUCCGUUUUGUACUGCGUAGCCGAAAGACGCGUGGCUAAUAGAGAAUUGAUACGUGCGACAGAGGAUGAGGUCGCCGAAUUGACUCGCCUUAUUGUCCAAACACUAAAUAUCAACGUUGUAGAAAGGAAGAGGCCUGAAUACUCCAAGCAAGGCGGUGUUGACAUACAGGAGGAUGAAUCACUGCACUUGGGGGGCACUUCACAAGUUGCUUUCACUAAUGGUAAAAACAGUAGUCAUGAAAUAGAUCCAGCACAUCACCUAAAUCGAUCCGAGCUAUCCAUUAUGCCUUAUAUGCAUCUACUGAACAGUAUAAAGCAUCGCACGCCUGAUUUGUGUACAUCCGCUUCGGAUAAUGGUGUUCUAGCAUCGCGUAUGCUACCUUAUUCAGACGAAUCUGUCGCUGAAGCACCACUAUUCUAUGAUGAAUGGGGUGAAUUCGAUAAAUUGACGGAUAAAAGGUCAAGUAUCAUCCGCGUCGACGCUGAAAAUUACACGCUAAAGGAGCUUCGACCCUACCAGAUUGAAGCAGUUGAACGAGUGAAGCGAGAACUUGAGAUACGUGGAAAGACCAUUUGCCAGAUGGCAUGCCGCUGCGGAAAGACGCCAGUUGCUUUCCAUAUUAUGAAGGAGACUCUUGUAGACAGGGGUAACAGUAUGAGCGCUCGGCUGCUUUAUCUAGUUCCUGGUCUUUCCCUACUCCGACAAACCGUCAAGAAGUUGUACCAUUACGGCCUGAAAGGGACACCUUUGUUACUCAUAGGCUCAGAUCCCAACCCGAUUUUUCUAGAGUCAGACUACAGUGUGACUAUGACCACAGACCCAGCUCUCAUUCAUGAAACUGUUCGAAGGAAUGAACGCAUUGUUGUUUUUUCUACUUAUCACUCAUCCCCCUUGCUCGAGCAGAUGAAUGUUUUCGCGCUCACUGUCUUUGAUGAGUGCCACCGGGUUUGCGGAAGUUCGGACAAGACACCAUUCAACACCAUCCUCCACCUUCCACCGAGUGGGCGUCGUCUGUUUCUUACAGCAACCCCCACUUAUGACACCCCUUUGCGCAUGAACAACGAGAAUCUGUUUGGCGGGAUCGCCUACCGCUAUUACCUACGUGAAGGCAUUGAUUCUGGGCACGUCAACCCUUUUUCGGUUCGUAUUAUUCUUGGUGCUUCCUUAAAUGACAUGAAUCCAUACUUUUUCGAGGCUAUGAGUCGAGUUGACAAGAUGUUGGUGUUUUGUCGAAACAUCGAACAUGCUGAACAGCUCGGCAAAUCGUUGCAGCUAGCGAUGGACACUGCCAAACCAACAGAACUGAAGCCUCUCCGAAUAUUCGUCGCCCACUCGCUCAUGGGGGGUGCGGGUGUCGCUGACACAUUGGAUAAGUUUUCUGGGGCUCAGCGCGCUAUUCUGUUCAAUGUACGGCUCUUUCAGGAAGGUGUUGAGAUACCAGAUCUAAAUGCUGUCUUCUUUGCGGCGCCUCGCUACAGCUCGCGCGAUAUCAUCCAGAGUAUUUGCCGCCCGCUCAAUAAACUUCCUAACAAGCCCAAUUCUUAUGUGUUUUUGCCUGCCGCAAUCAACUCCGAGUAUCCUGCCAAUAGUCCUAUUAAUCUUCAGAACUUUUCGACACUUGUUCCCUUUACAGAUGCCCUCAUGGAUGAGGAUCCGACCUUGUUUGAAUAUAUGCUUGACCCACAAAGGAAGAGUUACAACAUCGACGUGGUUGGCGUCCGCGCCUUGAAGUUAAGCUCAGAAGAAAUUCAAAAGUUCAUUCUCCCUGCGAUUCGUCGGGGUGUUCGCUACUCCAACUCGCAGACAGACCGGCUCCGUCGCGCCGCGCGUUUACCAUGGAAGCAGGCGUUCGCCGAGCUGAAGCGAAUCGUCCUGGAGUGUAAUCGGUACCCCAAGACAAACGAUGCCUGGGUGAUUGGGGAUACUUCCGUUUCGAUGAACCUCUUCUACUGCUACGCUCGCCGUGGAUACGCACAGUACCUGGCCGGACAACAGACGUUUCUGGAAACCUAUCAGAUCCGCGACUUGGAGUCCCUUCCUCAGUGGCGAACAUAUGGCACCGAGGGUCCAUACCCAUGGAAGGAGUGCCUCAAAACCUUGGAGGAUCAUUUGGCCAAGUACGGUGUCCCACCCCCGCUCGAUGUGCACAGGGGUGGGUUUAUCGGACUUAAUGCGACACCAUUUGAGCGCCUCUCUGGAUUUCUCAUGCGAAUCAAUCAGUCAGACGGUAAGGAUAGGCUUAGGCUCGAUUCGGACAAACAGAGGGAUCUGGACCGAGUCUGUGGUCAAUACGGAUUGCAGUGGCGGAAGAGGCGCAAUAAAGUUACCGGUAUGCUGAUUGAAAACAGCACAACGUUUAUAUCAAUUUUAUACGAUCAAUUCAAACAGCUCUACAAAAACGUUGAUCAUCUUCCCGUCUUCCAGAAAUACUUAGCGGAGCAUUUUCCAGGCUACCCCGAAAAGCAUACGAGGAUGGAGAAUUUAGAGCGAUUGCAAGAGGGGCGCGUCCCACCACGCUGCCAACCACAUCGGCGGAGGCGGAAGGCAACCGCGACUAGUGAUUCGAGGCAGGUGGGACAGAAUAAUGGGAUUCAUGUCGGACGACACACCCAGAACAAGGAUCAGACAGUCAUGUGCCGGGUUUGCCGAAUACAUAUCAAGGCGUCAGCGUACCGACUCCACAUCCAGAGCCCAGAGCAUCUUGCCUGCCAAGAAAUGGACCUUUCCACGUUAAAAAAACGAAACAGCAUGAUAGAAAAGAAGUGA